ACUCAUCCUGGUGAACGAGCAUCCUGCAAAGUGAGUGACGUGCGCGUGGAAAGGGAUGACAAGCGCACCGGACCUGAAGAUUCUGGUCCCGCUAUAGUGGACCUCGUGGGGGCUCCUGACGGACAGACCAUGACCCGCUCAACUGACAUCCAGGCGGUCGGCGGGUUACUUGGCAUCGGAUGGUAACGGCUCCAAAAUGACUUGCUAUGGCUCGGCCCUCGAUCGCAGCCAGUCGCUGGCGAGCGGCCUGGAGAAGUCGUCGCCCACGUGGUCCAAAGCUCCCCACUCCCGCAGCAGCAGCACGCUGUCGUCUCGACACUCGCGACAGCACGUCAAAGACUGGGAAGUUCUUGACGACGUUCAAGUGGCCGGGGGGGAACAUCCUCAGGAGAUGAUGAGCGCUCCGGGCAUCUGUGAAGGUUAUCUUCUCAAGAGGAGGAAGUGGCCGCUUAAAGGCUGGCACAAGAGAUACUUUGUACUGGAGGGAGGGGUCUUGAGAUACUGUAAAAAUCAACAAGAUGUGUCGAUAGGAAGAGUGCAGGGCUCUCUGGACAUCAGCGGCGCCGUCAUGUCCAUCAACAAGAAGUCCAACCGGAUUGACUUGGACGCAGGCGACAUUCUGUAUCACAUGAAGGUAAAGAGCCACGAACUCUUCUACAUUUGGGUGACCAAGCUGCAGGCACAUCGCUCAUACAGGAAGAGCGAGGAGGCGGCGGCGGCGGCGGCGUGGCACGGCGUCAUCCACAACGGACACGUGCCCGCGCUCACGCCCGACGCCGGCUUCCUUGACGGGCAGCCAAAAUGUUUCCCGCAGACCUCGGCCAAGGCCGCCGUCAACAACAAAGUGUCGGCGUGGCUGCAGCAGAGUCCCGCUCCCGACACCUGUGCUCAAGAACUGAACCGUUGCAAUUUGGACCUUCACGAACUGACCCGGCUGAUCCAGAGGCUGCAGCUGCUGCAGGCGGGUCAGACGUUCGCCAAUGGCCAACUGCAGCGAAUCAUCAGCACGCAGAAUCUUUCCCUGGAGAAGCCAAAGAAGCAAAUGCCAGGAAGAGGGUGGGGUCACUCUCGCACCCUUUCCAGAGUGGAAGCGCUGGGAAUGCCUGUUCGCAGGAUGACCAAAUCGUUGUCCUCCGGCCCUCUGAGCAGCUCAUCCCACUUCGGCGCCUCCGUUCCCUCCAUCCCGGACUACGUCUACUCCCAGCUGGCCCCCCUCGACGCCGCCUCAUCCGCGGAGGGCAAGAAGAUCCAGCAGGACAUCUGUGGCGUGUCGCUGCGAGUCCUGGCUACGCUCCAAACGGUCCACCAGUCCUUGUGCCAAGAGAGGCAGAAACUGCAGGAACUUUGGGGAAACCACACGGAAGAGCCGGCGGCAGGGAGGCGUUCAUCCCACAGGCCCCCCUCGGCGGCCGACUCCACGGCCGAGUAUUUCGACGCCAGCGAUGACUUCCUCCUCGGGAGCUCCUCCGACGUGUCGGACGAGUCGGGACCGAGCGACUCGAGCACGUCCAACUCGGAGCCCGAAGAAGGACAUUUAUCCGCCACCCGAAUGUACCGCGCCAGCAUUUCCAGGACUCCUCACAGCGUCGCUCCCAAGAGCAGCGGCCGGCGAACGUCGCUUCCCGCGCCGUGUCCGGACAACAGUCACGUGGGCCUCAUGGCCAUCCUCUACAAUAACAUCGGCAAAGACUUGGCUCGCGUGUCCAUGCCGGCCGCUCUCAACGAGCCCGUCAACCUGCUGCAGCGACUGUGCGAGGAGUUGGAGUACAGCCAGCUGCUGGACACCGCCGGUGCCACCGCAGACCCUUACCAGAGGAUGGUCUACAUCGCCGCCUUUGCCAUCUCGGGCUACUCCAGCGCCACCUUCCGAAACCGCUACAAGCCCUUCAACCCCGUCUUGGGGGAGACCUACGAGUGCGUGCGGGACGACCGCGGCUUUCGCUUCAUCGGCGAGCAGGUGUGUCACCAUCCUCCCAUCUCCGCCUGCCACGCAGAAUCCGAGAACUUCUCCUUCUGGCAAGACCAGAGGUGGAAGAACAAGUUUUGGGGCAAGUCGCUGGAGAUCGUGCCCUCCGGGAUGGUGAACGUGACCAUUCCCAGGUAUGGAGAUCACUACGAGUGGAACAAAGUGGUGACGUGCAUCCACAACGUGCUGAGUCAGCAGCGCUACCUCGAACAUUACGGCGAAGUCACCAUACGCAACCUGAAGAGCGACGCGUGCACCUGCAAGAUCACUUUUGUCAAGUCUCGCUACUGGGGCUCGGACGGCAACAAGAACGAGGUCCAGGGCUCCGUACUGGACCAAAGCGGCAGCGUCAUCCACCGCUUUGGAGGUCUGUGGCACGAGGGAAUUUUCUGUGACACGCUGCCAACCCCCAAGUGCGUCUGGAAGCCAAAUCCUCCACCCAAAGACCACCAGAUCUACUACGGCUUCUCCGCCUUCGCCAUGGAGCUCAAUCAGCUCACGGCCGACCUCGAACCUCUGCUGCCCCCCACUGACAGUCGCCUGCGCCCCGACCAGAGGAUGUUGGAGGAGGGCCGAGUGGAAGAGACGGACAGAAAGAAAGACGAGAUCGAGGAGCUGCAGAGGGAGAGGAGGAAGGAGCUCGCCAAGAAAGGAGAGGAGCACGUGCCGGCUUUCUUCAAAAAAGCCAAGGACUGUUGCGGGCGCGAUGUGUGGCUGACAAACGGGACUUACUGGAAACUCCGAGAGGAUCCCGGCUUUGCAAAGCUCCCGUGUGUCACGCUCUGGUGACGUUAGCGGCGCGUGAAAAACAAACAAACAAACAAACAAAAAAAACCCCAAGAAUAAUCAUAAAUAACAAGCACAUGUGAUCGUAGAUUGACAUGGUUACAGAGAUGUUGAAAUAUGAUUGGACCAAAAAAAAAAACAAAUCGAAUAUUCUCAGACGCAUGUUGGAAGCUUUGCAGCCAUAUGAAAGUAUGCGACAGACUUUUCUCGUUAAGACCCAUGCAAACUGCGUGCGCUGAAAAAGUGCAUACUACGUCUCCUUUAAAACUUUAUUUGAUUCGAAAAACAAAACAAAACAACAACAGUACUGUACACUGAUAAUCAAUUGUGCCACCUUGAAUAAGUAACACUUGUCCCUUUUAGAAAACUCCCCACAUAAAUUGCGAUUGACGGGAAGAUUAUUGCUCAUUUCAUCUUACAAAUAUGCGAAGCAGCUCUUUUUUUUAAAAAAAAUGACAUUUUUGUAGAUUUUUUUUCUUCUUUUUUUUAAUAUGCGUGAUGCUGCUGUGACCUCAGAAUGUGAUUGCAAUGGCGCUAACGUGAAAUGUGGAUUAACGUGCUCUCAUGUUAAUUUCGAGUCCCCACCCAAGCGAACAAAAGAGAGAUACAUGGCAAAAGUUUUGGGAACCCCUGGUGUAUGGCAAGAUUUUAGAAAUGCUGAGGGUCCAUCCCUUCUUACCCACUUGAGCAGAAUAAAAAAAAAAAGACAAAACAAAACCCAAACAUGAUGAAAUAGUAACAUAAUGUUGAAGAUGCUCGGUUUUGACUCCAACUCCGUCAAAUAGGUGCCGUACGCAACUGCCGCUGCCAUCUGCAGUUUCUAACGCUUUUUCACAGACAGACAGGGCCCCCC